AUGGGAAGCGUCAAAAGUACAGAAGAUGAUACGUUGAGAAAACGGAGGUUAGCUACUUCAAUUCAGCUAAUUUGUCGUAAUUCACUAACAAUUUGUUUCAAUUCAUUUGGAGAUUUACGGUUGUUUACUUUUUCAUGCUUCUUUUACUACACAAGGGCAAGAAAAGGAAAAUGUUUACCAAAAAGCAGGGUGGCUUGUGUAAAUAAAGAAGCAGAAAAACUUCUUUGA